CACAUGCAACGCUGUCGAUCUGGUUGCUUCCCAGAGCUCUCCGCGACACAACCAGUUACCAGUUCCGCUAAAUCCACCGCCCCUCCACCGCCCCUCCACCCCCCACCACUGAAUACUUACUCACCUAUAUAUCCUUCACCAUGGCUCCGCACCUUUCUCUGUUCUCCGUCAACGCGCUACUAAUCCUCUCAACCGACGGCACGCGCAUCCUCGCCAAAUACUACUACCCGCCGCACACCUCGAGCACAAUAGCGACAUCCUCGAACCCUUACCCGACCCUGAAGGAGCAAAAGGCCUUCGAGAAGGGGCUGAUAGAGAAGACGGCCAAGUCGACCGCCGACAUCAUCCUAUACGACGGCCAUGUCGUCGUAUUUAAGGCCGAAAGCGAUGUGAUGCUGUACAUCGUCGGCGGCAUGGACGAGAACGAGAUGAUGCUCUACCAGGUGGUGCUGGCGCUGAGGGAUACGCUGCAGAUUUUGUUGAAAAACUCUACCGACAAGCGAACGAUCAUCGAAAACUACGAUCUUGUCGCACUGGCGAUCGAGGAGAUUGUGGAUGAUGGUGUGAUACUGGAGACAGAUCCGGGAGCAAUUGUGCAGAGGGUCUCAAGGCCGCCGCAACACGAUAUCCAGGUCAGCGGCAUUGACUUGUCUGAGAAGGGACUGUUGAAUGCGUGGGAGUUUGGAAAGAAACAGCUGGCGGAACGGUUGAGACAGGGUCUGUGAGUGAGAGGUUGGGUUGGGUGUGUAUCGCACAACAGCGGGGGUUACGGAUGUGGGGUUAUGAUAGAGCGAUCGCUUGAGUUGGUUUCAAUUGAUCGGUCAUGGCUGCACGAAAGCUUCAGGAUGUGGAACUUGUUGAAACCUCGCACUGCCCAGUGUUCAUGGGCGCCCUUGGGACCGACCGAAUGGAUGUCGGCUGUACGCCUGUAGUCGCCAAGUUCAUCAAGCAAAUCGCGUUCGCGGCUACGGAGUUGCUAUAUUUAGUGAGGAAUAAUGGGG